AUGCUCAAGAAGUUCAAUCAGAUCAACUGCAAGCCACUUGCUACUCCUAUGGCACUCAACGAGAAACUUUCCAAAUAUGAUGGAGAAGUAAAAAUUGGCACGUCACUCUACCGAAGCCUAGUAGGAUCCCUGAUUUACCUCACGAACACGAGGCCAGGCAUCGUUUAUGCAUUAAGCAUUGUAUCUAGGUUCAUGAGUGAACCUAGUAAAGCUCACUAUGCAGUUGCUAAACGGAUUCUCAGAAACAUUAAAGGUACAAAAAGGUAUAGGCUCUUAUAUGAUACUGAAAAAGUCAAUAAUCUCAUUGGCUACUCAGAUAGUAAUCGGGUAGGAUGUAUAGACAACCGGAAAAUUACAAGUGGUUAUGUCUUCCUACUUGAUACGAAAGCUAUCUCAUGGUCUCUAAAGAAACAAGCAAUAGUAGCAUUGUCGUCAGCUGAAGCAGAGUACAUUGCAGCGAAAAACGCAUUAUGCAAAGUUGUUUGGCUUAAAAAGAUAUUGGUCGAUCUAAAACAUAAGCAAAAAGAACCAACCACCAUAUUCUACGACAUGUCAACUAUUGCUAUGACCAAGAAUCUAGUUUUUCAUGGGCGAACAAAGCAUAUUGAGAUUCGUCGUCGCUACAUUCAAGGGUUAGUCAACAAGAAGAGAUUAAGUUACAAUUCUACAGGACGGGAGAACAACACGCAAGCAUCUUCACAAAACCCAUAA